AACAACAAAAAUGGAGUUGUGAACUAGUAGCAACUUAGCUACCAGAGGACGUUCAAUUUCUGUCUUUGCUUAAACACCUUUACGUGAGUGGAAGUUUCUACCUGACCGAAGUAGCGCAAUGCGACCAUAUCAAAGUAAUACGUAGUUUGUAUUUUGUAGCAGUCGUAAGAAGCUAUCGAGCGGGUAAACAAACCGGUAUCUUGGCUACGACAAAGACAACAAGGUUUAGCAGCUAGCCAGCUAAAAGAGUAGCAUCUGCUCGUGUUCACUCUCACCGUGAGGAGCUAGUCAACAAACGAGGAGCGUGACUCGGGCAAAAAUGGAGAAGGGAGAUUUCCUGAAGGGACUACCAGUCUACAACAAAAACAACUUCAGCAGGUUCCAUGCAGACUCUGUAUGUAAAGCAUCAAACCGUCGGCCAUCUGUGUAUCUUCCCACCCGAGAAUAUCCAUCAGAGCAGAUCAUAGUCACAGAGAAGACAAACAUCUUGUUGCGAUAUCUCCAUCAACAGUGGGACAAAAAGAAUGCAGCAAAAAAGCGAGAGCAGGAACAUGUAGAGGGGGAGAACAUGGCUCCUCCAAGAAAAAUUGCCAGAACGGACAGCCGAGAGCUGAAUGAGGAUUCAUAAAGCAAUGUGCUGUCAGUGCACACCCAGCAGAGACUGACCUACACGAACAAAAUGCACACACGGAUUCAGGAUAUAUGUUUGCAAACCCAGGCCUUGACACUGAAGCACACAAGGAUCGACACAUUUCAGACCACAGUCUUCAUGACAUUAAUUUCAAAAGUAGAGAGAUUUAUGUAACCAAAAGCUUUUUUUCCUCAGUUUAUUUACUGCUCUCCCUCGCUUUAUCCUUUACUUCCAAAAACCUAUGCCUCAGAUUUUAGUCUUUGUAGUUUUAAAAAUAACAUACAUCUACCUCCUUAUUCCUCAGCCCCACUGGUUUUCAUUCACGUAUGCUCACAGACUUUUCUUUGAAAUAUGCAGGGAGUUAAAUCAUUGCUCCUCUGCUACCAUUUAAGAGUUUACAGCUAUAGUUAUUCAUACCAUCUCUGAGAUAUGCAUGCUUUAAGUUAAGGCUGUAUUUGUGAUUAAGUGGCAUGCCAUCUUUUUUGGCUCCCACCCCAUUUGUAUUUUUUUUUUAGUUUUGAAUUAUGUAAUGACAGUGGUCCUUUAAAAUAUUAUUUUAGCUCAUCCUUUAUGUGAUUACUGUCAUUAGAGUAACUGAAAAUAAAACAGCAGUUGUUCCUUGCUUAGAUUGAUUAUCCAUUCAGGGUUUGUUAUGGAUUGUGUUGUGGAAAAAGACGCGUGCUGAAAGAAAUUUUUUUAUGUUUUCUCCUGAUGAAUAAUGAUUUAUUGCCUUAAGUGGAAGUGAGUGUGUUUUCACUAUGUCUUAGAUCGCCCCCUUGGUUUACAUUGUUGUUUUAGGAGGAAUUGAACCAAUGCUGAUCUGAGUGGAUAUUAGCAUGUCCUUUCAAUGAGGAUGCAUUUAAGCCAAUACAGUCAUGUUAGAGGAUGCAAACUCUUUUUGUACAGUAUGAUCUGCAGAUUUUGUAGCUAUAUUCAUGACUUUAUGAGCAGAGCCUGUGUGUUUGUAAUUGCAAAGUUAGCACAGUAUUUUAUGAAAGGCACACAGGUAUGUGUAAAUCUACACUUUAGCGACUAACAUGUAGGCUUCCUGUAAGGGCUGCUGUCAAUCCUUGUCAUAAUUGUGCCAUUCACGUUUGUCCAAUAGGUCGAUCAGUUGAGUCAUAGUGAGGGAAUAUGUGUUUGGAUUUACAAGCUUUUGACAGCAGGGCUAAGUAAACAGUCUGUGUGUGCUGCUCGUAAAAUUGGUGAAGCUCAUCAUAAUGCUCCAUGAGUUUUGUAUAUUUGUACAGUGUGUAUAUUGUGAUUGUUCUAAUCAGGUAACAAGACAACUACUCACUCUUUAUCUUCCCUAAGGCAGCCAUAUUGUUAUUUCACAAUGUUUAGCCAAAUUGUUCUUUUACAUCAGAGGGAUACAAACCAGAGUUUGGUUCAUAACAAACAAAAACAUUUUAUUUAAUUUGCUUUGCACCUUUAGAAAAAUCAGUUUUUGCAAAUUUUUUAAAAGAGGAAGCUGCUGCAAAUUGUGUUUACCACAUUUUCAGUGUUUGGCAUGGCAGAUUAAUGUUUAAAGGUUUACAGAGUAUGUUUUCAGUUUUAAUUUUUGCUGCUCAUGUAAAUCAAACCAAGUAGAAUACACACUGUGAGUUUCUCAAGUAUGACUUUAACCUACAGACGUUCAGUGUUUUAUUUUUCCCAGCUCUCCAUAGAAGAGUGUGCUAAUUCUACUUUAGUGAUAUGGUUUGUAUCACAUCACCUGAUUUAAGUUUGGAAUGUGUUUAUUGUUAAAUGCUUUGCGUUGAGUUUAUUGUAUAAAUGCAUUGUUGUCAAUUUAA